AAGCUUCCAGACUGCUGAGGUAAGCACUUUCUUCGAUCCAAAGGCUUGCUCCGUGUGAGGACCUGCAGCUGCCGCGUGUCUCUGUGUGCGUCUGUGUGUCCAUCAGUCCCAGCCCAGUGGUGCUCCCGAUCUCCUCCAACACAUCCUGAAACUCACUCUGUUCCUCCGACUCGCAAACAGGACGACCAUGAGCUGCUACACCCUCAGGUUCAUGGCACUGGGACUGCUGCUCCUGGCCAUGCUCGAGCAGACAGAGGCCUGCAGCUGUGGUCCAUCACACCCCCAACAAGCCUACUGUCAGGCCGAUGUGGUGAUCAAGGGAAAAAUAGUUGGUUCAAAGAUGAUCACCAGAGACAACAGCGAUGAUUCACAUGGCUUCCCAUGGAUCGAAUAUGAAGUCCAACAACAGAAGAUGUACAAAGGGUUCGAGAAGAUUCAGCAGGUUGAGUAUGUGUACACACCGCUGGCGGACUUUGUCUGUGGGAUGGUGCUGGGACCAGAUGAGAUGAACCAGGACUACAUCCUGUCAGGGACUGUCGAGGCUGAUGGAAAAGUCUACAUCAACAUCUGCAGCUUCAACAGACCCUGGAGCCAACUGACUCACGCUCAGCAGACCAGUCUGGAUGGGAGAUACAAGGAUGGCUGUCGGUGCAAGAUUGUCCCCUGCCUAUCAUUGCCUUGCAGCCUUGACGCCGACAACCAGUGUCUCUGGACGGACGGGAUCUUCACGGGGAACUGGAGCGGGGCACAGAGCCAGCGCUUCACCUGCGUCAUGAAGCCAAAGGGCCUGUGCCAGUGGGUCUCGGCCCCGAGCUCCAGGGCCCACUCAUCCCCCCUCAGGAGGGAGGCCCAUUAACCGGCCAGAGGAGGAGGAGGAGGGCCGGACAAGCCGGGGUGAACGGGCCGGUGCGGGAGCAAUCCCGGGUUAUUCCUACUGCUUUUUUUUCUCCCCCCUAACGUGACGCAGCCCGCGGCUCAGCUCUGGCCCCUUGACCUCCACUGGCCACCGCCAACAACCACCCCCCACCCCUUCCCCCCCAC